CCCCGAGCUGGUCGUAAUUUCCUUGCAAAAUCAGUCGUUUCCCUACGAUAAACCUUAGGAAAGAGAAGGAAAAUCCAAAGGGGACUCCGUAAGAAAACGGAAGGAGAAAGGAAAAUGUCAGACAACAUCACAGACGGCGAGCACCAACUCAUAUCACUCUUAUCACGCCUUGUCCAACUCAGCUCCAAUGCCAACGAGAAAGAAUCCCUCGCAUCCACCACCAACCGCCUCGCCCUCGCCGCCGUCUUCAUCUCCAUCGGCGCCUUCCUAACCGCCAUCCUCCAAGCCGUACUCCAAUAUGCCGACACCAACGACACCAGCCGCCGCAAAUGCAACGCCAGCGCCAUCGGCCGGGCUGCCUACGGCGAAAGCCUGACGCAGUGGUCCUGGCGAGGCUGGCAGAAGAAGUACUUCUACCGCGAGCUACUCGUCGACCGCAUGAGGAUCCAGAUGUGUGCGAAGAGUCCACAGUCGAAUUCCGCGGCGCAGAGGAUCUUCGGGUUUUGCGAUGGGUUCGAUUUCUUCGACGCGCCGAGGCUGUCGCAAGACUUCAACUAUCGCUGGGUAAGCACGUACGAGACGAUGUUCAACCAGGCGAGUCUUCAUGAGGCGUCGAAGCCUAUCCGGGAUGGGUCAAUGUAUUUUUGCAAACAAGUCAAGAAACAACAGAACCGAGAUACUCCACUCAUAGCAGAUGACGCUCCAUUCGACGACACCAUGUCCAUUGAAGAAAAUUCAGAGCCCUGGGAGAUGGUCGAGGAAGACGAGCUCCCAAAAUUUAUCCGCGCCCGAUGGAAUCUCCACAAGCAACUUUCGAAAUCGGACCACGCCAUCCGGCCCCGUGCCAGCUGGGCACAGCUUUUCGAAAUGCUGGAGGUCGACGAUUUCGAAGACAUGACCACAAAUAUUGUAGACGCGGAUUGUAUCUCAUCCGGCCUGGACGUACCUACACAAUCGAUGGACUUCGCAGAGCUGGGCUUGCUCUGUUUCCUCCUAGGCCUGGACAAGAUCGAGAUCAAUGCAAAGGAGCGGUUGUUCAGUGCCACGUCCGAGGACGGUGCCGUGGUGACGGAGACUCUGCCUAUGGUGGGUAAGGUCCUGAGGUUCCAGAUGUAUGAACGGGUGCUGGAUCUCCCGUGGGCGAAUUUCCGGUACAUUUCGACAAGUGUCAAUUUGGAGGAACAACUGCUUGGGUAUCUGCCUCCUAUGAACGAGUCAAAGAAUGAUAGAGAUUCGUCUGCUUUCACGCAGGCGAGGUUGAUGGCCCAGCAGCAAAACACGAUGGUCUCUCCUACUAGUCCUCGAGAUCCCAGCAUAGUUCUCCUCGACUGGCAGGAGAAAGUCAGUAGGACGACAUGGCCACGGAUAGCCCACGAAGCCGUGGCCUCGCUCCUCCCCAUGACCAUCGGCUACCCAGGCAAGCUCCUCCUCGACUCCGUCCUCGAAGUCUUCCGGCCCCUCGCAAAGGACGUCCUCACCCGCUGCGGCGAGACCUACCUCAUCCGCGGCAAAGACUCCCACGAAAGAUUCGGUCGCUACAGCAAGUUCACCCUACUCCACAAGCGCGCCCUCAUCCGACACGUAGAGGCCGGCAAGCACGGCUGGGCACACUACACCGUCUCCAUCGACACUCUCGAGGAACAGUUCCUAUCCGGCAGGGCGAACUCCAGAUCACCAAGCUACAUCAUCCACUCCGGCCACCUCUACACCUCCGUCCACGCCCUCCUCGUCUCCCUCAUCCCCCUAACCACCUCCUCCUUCUCCCUGUCCACAAUCCGCACCUGGGCCCACACCACAUCACCAUCCUCAUCCCGGCUGCAUCUCCCCGACCCAACAACCCUCCUCUGGACCCAAGUCCUCCUCCUCGACAUCCUCAUCGCCCGAGCCCUCCUCGACAUCACCCCCUCCCCGUCCUUCCUCUCCACACCCUCCCCCUCAGCCAUCGAUACCGCCUUCGCAAAAUACCCCCGCAACUCCCCCAUCCGCUCCAUCCCCCGCUCCGGCCCCCACCGCAGACUCAUCCUCGCCGCCUUCACCGCGCUCGAGACCUCCCUGCACGACACGCACGGCACACUGUUCCCCUUCCAGAACUUACACACGAACCUCCUCGACGCGUUUCAUCCAGAUGGUGCGAAGACGAGUCACAUCGAUAGGUUUCGGAUCGAGUACCUUGCGGAUCUGUUCAGGUUGAGGGCGCUGUGCUGGUUGUUGUUAGUUGCGGCGUUGCCGGAUAGUUCGGACGUCGCGAGACUGCAUUUGGAGGGGGUCAAGGUUGUGCUGCCGAUGAUUUAGAUUGAUACAUACAUAGAGUUUCAAGCAGUGGUUUUGAGAAUGAGUGACUAUUGGUGUUUGAUUGAAUUGAUUGAUUGAUUGGGUUCAUCUACAUAUGGUAUCUUCUCUUCCGUUGUCUACGCGGGUUCGGUUCUUUCUAGAUGGCAUGCACUUUCUUUCUUCCUUUCCUUUCGUACGCUCGGUUGGAUAUAGCUAGCUAGCUGGCUAUAGAAAACAAGGAAAAUGUGACAAGGGGCAAAAAACAAAUAUGCAGAAAAAUGCAAUAGGGGGGAAAUUUGAAGAGGAGUGAGAGAAAAAAACGCCGAGGUAUCAUGCUGAUUGAUGCAAAGAGUGGUUCGAUGAAUGAUGCCGAAACAUGGAAAUGCAAAAUGCAAAAAGGGUGUUUCUGGGUGGGUGAUGCAGUGAUGGGGUUUGUGGAUGUGGAUGUGUCUAUUUGGUCUCGACGUCGCUCGACUCUUCGAGCUCUUUCAUGUAUUUCACGAAUGCUUUUUUGUGGAU